AUGGCCGACCGUGAACCCCGUCCGACGCGAGUUAAACAGGACAUAACAGCCAAAGCUUGCGCGGUUCUUCUCAAGUCCCCUCGCUUCAACUGGUCAAGUACAGCCGUAUCUGACUGGUUUGGUGUUGACGAGGACGGUAAAAGGAUUUUCCCACCCAGCACUAUCAAUACGAUAUACCGAGUCGCAGUGUCGCGCGGAUUCGAUCCAAAUAGUCCCAAGCUUGUGAUCAAGGACGAGUUUUUCCUCGAAGGCAAACGAUCAGGUAGGCCUAGGAAGAAUAGGAUUCCCAAGUCUCAGCCGGCCCCGGCACAAGAAUCAGUUGAACAGAUUGAACAAAUCUCCGAGGAAGUAGAGCCGCCGCAAGACCUUAUAGAUGGCUAG